CGAUCUUUCCUUGCUAUGGUUUCUCGCCAAAGCAAUGGUUCUUCGAGCUUUCAGCCUUAAAACAAGGGGAUUGAACUUCGAUCUUGAGAGAAAACCAAAGUUUCGAUCUUUCCUUGCUAUGGUUUCUCUCCGCUUUCCCUUCUCCUUCUCUGGAUCCCCAAACCCUCUUCCUAAUCCUAAUCGAAGCCCCAGAUCCUCCCGCCGCUUCUCUCCGGCCAUCGCCUUCGCCGCUGCUGCCGCAUUUGGUGUCGGAAUGAGCUUCGCCGUUGGCCGCAAACUCUCAACAAACCAGACAGACGGCUCGGCUGAGAAGCCGUCGAGAUCUGAAGCCCCCGUCUGGGCUUCCCUCUCUCUGACUGGCGCCCCUGCUGAAACCGCAGUGGAGCCCAGGACCGGUGUUGCUUUCCCCGCUGUUUUGGAUGGCUCCCGGCGACUCCUCGGAGUUGGGCUGCGAAGGAAGAACAUCUUGGGUCUGAAGAAUAUUGAUGUUUAUGCAUUUGGAGUUUAUGCUGAGGAAAGUGAUGUGCAAAAACUGUGUGAGAAAUAUGGAUCUCUUUCAACUUCUGAAUUGAAAGAAAACCAGGAGUUCUUUGCUGAUGUUUUGGAUCAGGAUUUGCGAAUGACGGUGAGGCUUCAAAUAGUAUAUGGAAGACUGAGCAUUCGGUCUGUUCGUAGUGCUUUUGAAGAGUCUGUUGGAAGUAGACUGCAAAAAUUUAGUGGAUCAAAGAAUGAAGAGCUGCUUAAAAGAUUUACAUCCUUAUUUAAAGAUGAGCAAAAGUUACCACCUGGUUCUACAAUAGAUCUCUCAAGAGAAGAAGGAUACAUCCUACGAACAAAGAUUGAUGGCAAGGAAAUGGGGAGCAUCCAGAGUAAGCUUUUGUGCCGGUCUGUGCUAGAUCUUUACAUUGGCGAUGAUCCAUUCGACAAACUUGCAAAAGAAAAUGUCGACCGUGGUUUGGUAUCUCUUCUUCAGAACUAGACUCUUUUGUUACUAAAGAGUUCCUGACUAUGAUUUCAGGAAAUUUUUUAGAUAUUAACCUGACUUCAAAUCACCCAUUCUUCAAAUGAACUCUGUGUGCAUGAACUCAAAAUCAUUAUGUAAAAGCAAGAGCUUUGUUUUGUGCCA